CGCUCCAGAGAUUGGUAACGCCCAGAAACUGAAACCAGGCCACGCCCCCCGCGACCAACGAGCCAAUGGAGGAGGACUGUGCGGUUGCUAAGGGAAACCUCUAGCGGCAAGAUGGCUUCUGCCAGCGAGGGGAGCACGAACUCCCGCCUGACAGGCCGCGACCCGCCAGGGCGGCCACCGCAGGACGGUUACGGAGUCUACGUUUACCCGAAUUCCUUCUUUCGAUACGAAGGAGAAUGGAAAGGAGGCAAGAAACACGGGCACGGGAAGCUGCUGUUUAAGGACGGGAGCUACUACGAAGGCGAGUUCGCGGAGGGCGAGAUCACGGGAGAGGGCUGCCAGCACUGGGCCCUGUCAGGGAACACCUAUACCGGACAGUUUGUGCUGGGAGAGCCUCAAGGCCACGGCGUGAUGAAGUACAAAGCCGGUGGACGUUACGAGGGAGAGCUGUCCCGCGGCAUGAGAGAAGGACACGGGCAUCUGGUGGACGCAGAUGGACAAGUGUACUGGGGGUCGUUCCACAAGAACAAGCAGCACGGCCGGGGCCGGAUGGUCUUCCGGAACGGAGAUGAGUACGAAGGCGACUGGGUCCAAGGCCAGCGCCAGGGCCAUGGGGUGCUGCGCUGCGCCAACGGCUCCACCUACGAGGGCCAGUGGCACAGGGGCGUCUUCAGUGGACUGGGCGACAUGGCCCACUGCUCCGGGGUCGUCUACCGAGGGAUAUGGAUCAACGGCCACCCUGUGGCACGAGCCACCAGGAUGGUGAUCUUGGGCCCAGAGGUGAUGGACAUGGUCCAAGGGUGCUCCCUCACGCUGACCGUCGAGCUGCAGCAGGACAAUGGGGAGAUCGCCACGAGCGAGGACGGCCGGGUUCUGGAGAUUUCCGCGGGCGUCAGGUACGUGCAGCUCGCAGCCUAUUCGGACGUCAGCUUCUUCAGAGUGGACGACGGCCACAUGCGGACCCCUAUCCAGACCCCGUUCGGGUUCCAGUGCAUCCCCUACCCUCUGACCAGCCCCACGUCCGGGGCCCGGGAGCCUGGAGCUGCCCUGGGAGGUGCUGGAGCCGACUCAGCCGUCCCCAAGGAAGACCCCAGCGGCCUGCCCAUGACCAGGACGCGGGCGGCCCGCUGCCCUGAGGCCUGUCAGCGAGUGGAGCAAGGCUGUGCCCAGUUCUCUGAUGUCCGCCUCGGGCCCCCUCCGCCCGGGUACCACCCCAUCCUCUUCCUGGACAGCCCCCUCGAGGGCGGGGGCAGACCCGGCAGCCCGGAGCCCAUGAGGACGGCACCCACAGCGCAGGACCCGCCCGGAGGCAGCAGGCCUGAUGGGGUGGCCACUACAGAGCCGGCAGCAGCGGCAGCCUUCCCAGGUAGGUGGGCAGCGGGCGGACACGUAUGCCAACCUCCAGAGGCUGGGUGGCCUCUACCUUCCUCUGGAGGCACCGUCAGAAGGGCAGCUCCAGGCUCCGGGCGGGCCUUGGCUUCCACAAGGGCCCCCAACAGGCUCUGCCCCCCCCAGGCAGCACCAGACCGCCCUGGGCAGCUGCAGGGGGCCGACAGGCCAGGGUCCCCACCAAGGCCCUUCUCUCUGAAGAGUCCUGCCUCUUCGAAGAACGGCACGUGCCCAGCAGGGCCCCUCCCUGUCCCUCAGCCAAGGUCCCUGCUUCCUUGUCUCCAUCCUGACUGGGAGGCCACUAGGCUUCCAGGUGUGGCCCCCACCCCUCGGGCCACUGGGAGUGAUACAGACGCUGGCUGCUGGGCAGGAAGGCCCCUGGGCAGGGCAGGGCUGGGCUUCCCAGCCAUGCCCCCGCUUCAGGCGGGCACUGGCUGGCCCAGCACCACCCACACACGUCUGCUGACCGGCUGAUAGAGCUGGCACCGGGGUCACCCCAUCAGGACCCCAGGACCCUCACGUGUGCCGAGGAGGUGGCAUGGUGGGCAGAGAAGACAUGCUGGGGAGAGGCCAGCGAGGGAGCGGCUGCACAUCCAGCCUGUGCGGGGGGCAGCCAGGUGGACGGCCGCGUCUGACACGUGGGCCAGGCCCGCUCGGGCUCAGCCAAGACACCGGGGCGAGGCGGGACCACGUGGCUGUCGGGGCUGGGCCUCGGGCGGUUUUGGAGGCAGCUUGUGGCCCCCGGCCCGCCCCUCUCCCCUCUGCUGGGAGCAGGGCCUGGGGAACAAGGUCAGAUGAGGGCUGGGGCUCAGCUCUGCGGCCGCUGCCCCCCGAGCCCGCGCCCACUCCCUUGGCUGCGGGCUGGCGGAGCCACGUGUUCUGGGAACACCUAGAAACCGGCUGCUUGGAAACACUGCGCGUUGCCAUGUGCGGUCCUCCAGGCCAGCCUGGGAGGCCUGCCUCCGGCUGCGGAAUGCAAGCCCCUCCCAGGCACCCGGCCCGGCCCCCAGGCCCUCCAGAACCGUGGGUUCUCCUGAAGGAACUGACUCCAGGCCCGCAGAUUCCUGCCAGCCCCGGAGGCCCUUUCGGGUCCCGUCCCAGGCACGCGGGCGUCCGUCUGCGGCCCCGGGCUGGCCUGCCUUGCUGCGAGGAAGGCGGCCUGUUUUCCAGCACCGGGUGCUGGAAUGUUCCCUGACGGUGGGAGCCGACGCCUGCGCCGCAUCGCAGCUGUGGCCACAUUCCUGGCGGGAGCCCGGCCAGCCCUGCGCGCUGCUUCCACGCCCGGGUGCCAGCCCCGCGGGCUCGGCCGGAGAGGGCGGU